AUGUUUGGUCGUCAAGGCGGGAUAGCUGGACGCGGAAUUCCCGGCGGAAUUUUCGGCGGGGAAUUUGGAGCGUUCGGGUCGAUGUUCCCGCAAGCACCGAUGCUGCCGCCCGCUUCGCCGUUCGGAUUCGACGACCAUGUGAGGAUAGGCGGAUGGGAUGUUGUGAGGACGAACAUGCACCUUCAGCAGCAGCAGCAGCAACAGCAACAGCAGCAGCAGCAGCAGCAGCAGCAGCAGCAGCAACAGCAACAACAGCAGCAGCGACAGCAGCAGAGGCAACGUCACCAGCAGCAGCACGUAUCUGCACCGGCCAUUCAAGAAGUUCACGAUGACGACGAAACCGGGUUACCACAUGGUUACCACAGCACCAGCAGCAGGGGAGCGAAACCGUCCGAUUCUCGCGAAACCGGCGGCGAACGAGCAGGGCGAAGGAGCCGAGCUUAUAUCGCGAAAGAGCCUAUAGUGGAGCUUCCAGACGACGAGGAAGAGGAGGAGCAGGACGGGAAGAGGAGGCGAGAAGCUGAGGAGGAGGAAGUGGAGUUAGAAGUGGGAAACGCGGAGAGCUUAGCGUAUGAGCGGGAGCAGUAUCCGCAGGGAAGGAGGGCUGCUUAUCAGACCUCGGCUUAUCAGCAGCAGCAGAGGAGCUCUAGGAGGGAGCAGGGGCGAGGCCCGCAGCAGCAAGCCGCGCCAAAUCACGCCCACGAAACGCGUGUCACCUCAUCGUCGCCCUUCAACGCGCUCAGCCUCUUCGGUGGCGGAUUAGGCGGCGGAUUAGGCGGCGGAUUUGGCGCUGGUUUCGGUGGCGCGCUGGCGGGGCUUGGGGGAGCAGCAGGGGGCGGCUCGUCCUACUCCUUCCAGAGCUCAACGGUUACCUACUCGGGGAUUGGCGGGCAGACGUAUUACUCCGAAUCUGGGUUUGGUGGUGGGCUUGGUGGUGGGUUUGGUGGUGGGUUUGGUGGUGGGUUUGGUGGUGGGUUUGGUGGUGGGUUUGGUGGUGGGUUUGGUGGUGGGUUUGGCAGUGGGUUUGGUGGUGGGUUCGGUGGUGGGUUAGGAGCUGGGUUCGGUGGUGGGUUUGCUGCUGGGCUUGACUGGUGGGCUUUGGGGAGCAGCAGCGGGAGGCUCGUCGCACCAGCGGCAGGACUCGAGGGGACACCAGAGCAUGACAGUAGCACGAGGGUUGGGAGAGAAGGCACGCACCCUGAGUUGCACCCGGGAGGGCGAGCAGCAGCAGUCAUACGAGAUCCUACGUAUAAAAUUUCUACUGUAAAUCUGAUCUCACUUGUCACAUCACAUACUCUUGUCCACCCUUCCCCCUUCCUUCCCUUCCCCCUUCCUUCCCUUCCCCCUUCCUUCCCUUCCCCCUUCCUUCCCUUCCCCCUUCCUUCCCUUCCCCCUUCCUUCCCUUCCCCCUUCCUUCCCUUCCCCCUUCCUUCCCUUCCCCCUUCCUUCCCUUCCCCCCUCCUUCCCUUCCCCCUUCCUUCCCUUCCCCCUUCCUUCCCUUCCCCCUUCCUUCCCUUCCCUUCCUUCCCUUCCCCCUUCCUUCCCUUCCCUUCCUUCCCUUCCCCCUUCCUUCCCUUCCCGCUUUCUUCCCUUCCCCCUUCCUUCCCUUCCCGCUUUCUUCCCUUCCCCCUUCCUUCCACCAGAGGAAGCAGCAACCUUCGACAGCACAUGGCAGCACCACGCACGACACGCCCUCCCCCCCUCGGCCUCCACUCCCGCUGCUCCGUCUGCGCGCCUCGCCCUCCCGUCCUCCGCUCACCCUUCCUCUUCUCGCCAACCCUCCUCCAGGCCCUCUGGGGGAAGCAGAGGGGGAGGACAGGCGUAUGGGUACUAGAGCAGAGGGGAAGGGGGAGCUGA